AUGCCGCUCGCCGCCGCAGAGUCGGACGAGGCCACCUUCCGCCACGGCACCCCGGUCCGCAUGGCGGGCUGGCUCAGCGUCAAGCACGGCCGCCUCUCGCGCAAGCAGCCGCGCUACGCAAAGCUCUACGGGGAGGUCCUCUCGUUCCUCGUCUCGGAGGAGGCCCUCCCCGAGGAGGAGCUCAACGUCGUCGGCGCCAUCGUCGAGUUCAGCGACCGCGACUCCAAGAAGACCUUCCGCGUCAUCGUCGGCAGACGCACCUUUAUUAUCUUUUGCGGCUCGUUCGAGGAGAUGCAGAGCUGGGCACAGAGCUUGCUCUUCGCCAGCCAGAGAUGCUUCGAGCGCUACUACACACAAGGCCCUAUUCUUGCUGAUGGCACUUACUCGCGCGUCUUCUACGCAAAGGAUGUCGAUGACCCUUCAAAGGUCUUCGCCGUUAAGAUUAUCAAGAAGCGCAGUCAUGAUAUACAGGCCUUGGAGUGGGUCCGUCGCGAGCGUCAUGUCAAUUCAAUGCUCAACCACCCCGGCAUUGUUCAGGCCGUCGACAUGUUCUCCACCGUUGAGAAGGAUCAUCUCGUUUUUGAGCUUAUGACCGGCGGAACCUUGGCUGACUUGCUCCGCAAGCACAACCGUCUGCCCGAGUCCUACGCCCGUGUCGUCAUGAGAGAGUUGAUCACCGCCCUGCAUUACAUCCACAGCAAGAACAUCGUCCAUCGCGACGUGCGCCCGGAGAAUAUCUUCUGCUCCGCCUCCAAGUUCCCCAUGUCCAUCGCCCUUGGCGACUUCGGCUACGCCAAUUUUGUCUCGGAGAAGCGCGUCAAUCACGAUGUCCUCACAACCAUGAUCGGCGUCCCGCCUUACAUCUGCGUCGAUAUUUGCCGCCGCAUCAAGUAUGGCCCGCUCGUUGAUAUGUGGUCCGCCGGCGUCGUCUUGUACGAGAUACUCUCCGGCGAGAGGCCGUUCGAAGGCCGAUCGGAUAGGGAGACAGUCGAGAACAUCAAAAUUGGCACUAUCCACUUCACAACCCCUAUCUGGUCCAAGAUCUCCCCAGCCGCAAAAGGUCUUAUCAAGCAGCUCAUGCAAACGGAUCCCCACAAACGAAUCAGCGCUCUCGCCGCGCUUCAACAUACCUGGUUUUGUGAAAAAGCCUGCUUGUCACGCCCGACCUCGGUCAAUACCUUGUUCCCUUCGUCCCCCGCUUCGAACGGCGUCAUGUAUGGCGACCGCGACUCCCCCAGCAACACAAGCACGGACAGUCGCCGCCACCCGCACAUCUCGGGCUCGAUAUCCAACUUUAGCCGCAUCCCUUCCUCCUCCUCAUCGCAAUCGCCUGUUGAGAGCACCACGCAAGACUCGAGCGAGCGCCAGACAUCGCUACUGGGACUGCACCAGCCCUCCUUGCGCUCCAUGCAUCACGUGUCGAGCACUUCCAGCCUCGGUCCACAACCACGCCUCAAGGUGACUCCGUCAGUGAGAGCGAUUGCAGAGAGGGGCUUACAGCGAGUCACAAGUGACAACCCGGCGAGGAUGAAGCGGUUGCUCAACUCGUCUGUCGUGCAGAAACAGCUUUCCGUCGCUCUGCCGUAUCGAAGAAUUCUGAUCGUGACGGCCAGAGCAUUUGUUGCCGUGUUCCGCCUUAAAGCCUUGCGUAGCGGCCACAGCGCAACCAGACAGCUGUCGCUGAUGGGGCAGGCGGACGUCGACGACGUGAAUGCGCUGAUCGACCGGCGGACGGCAGCGAUGAAGAAAGCAAAUGAGGAAAACCAGGACGGGGUGGUGGACCGUGCCAGUGGCAGGCCAUUACAGGGCUCAAAUCACAACCAGCGACGCGGGCAUGUGCGACAUAAGUCUCGAGAUAUGGCAUCACACAUAAUGGGACGUCUCUCUUUGGAUAGGAAAGCCCAGGAUAGCGCCGGAUAAGAUGUGCAACUGUAGAUGGUGGAAGACAUUUUGUCUCUCUCAAGAUAGCAACUAACUUUUUUGGUAACUGGAUCGCGCGAGGAUUAUGUUAAUAGGAUGAUUGCCAAACGUCUUCAACUGCGCAAGCAGAAACUAACGAUUGCUUCCUACGGCACAAUCGUUGUAAUUAAAGAAAAGUAUGUAUUUGCUCCAAGAUAUCAUUCGUGUCGAGGCGCGAGGCGCAACAGAUUAAGAGUGGGAGGAGAUAAAAAAAGUACCGUUGUACGGUGCGGCCCAGAAA